GGAUAACCAAACAAGACUCGCUUCACUUCCAGCUACGCGUAGCAAUGAGCAAUAAGUUAAAGCGAGCAUGGGCAGCUUACCAAAAGUACAAACUGAUAACACGAAUCAUUGCAGCCUUCGCUGGUGCGAUCGCAGGAAUCUCUGGCUGCGUAGCCUACGUGAAAGUUUACCAAAACUACAACGCUGCAACAUGGGCCGCCAUUUCGGCAGUCUUUGCUAUUUUGUUCCUCCGCAUUAAUUUUUCUGUUCGACGCGAUCACGAAAGACUCAUUACAAGGGAAACAUUUACGUUAUACAUGUGUGCUGGUAUAUUCGCUUUGGUGGCUGGAUUGGCUGCAACUAUCACUUACAUUGAGCUCGGGGUGAAGCAUAACGAAAAAGAAAUAACUGCCGACGGCUACCUGGUGGUGUGUAUUUGGACUAUUAAGUCUUUAGGCUGGGGUUUCUUCAUCUUCAUGUCCGCAAGGAAGUUUAAAAAAGAGUACCUUGAAUCUUCUCCUUGUUUGGUGCAAAGUACGAAUCAAGUCUAAAGGCUGACGAAUUUUUAUGCAAACACAGAGAAUCAGGCUGAAAUGUUUGCAUGCUUUUGUAUAUACUAAACUGUAUAAGUCAGUGGAUCGUUACGUACAGACAAGUACAGUUAAGAGUUAUUCAACUUUUGCGUAGAGGACUUCAAGGUUGCAUAGGUUUUACGUAUUAAUUGUGGUAGAGGAUUCAGAGAGGAAUUCUGGUAAAAUUUGAUUCAGUAAUUAUUUAGCGGCAAUCGGCUGUAAAAAAUUGCGGUUGUAUACGUGGUGUAUAAUUUUCUAACGUUAAGGGCAGACCCAAAAUUUUGGGAAGGGGUUCGAAACUCAAAAUUCUUCAAAGAGAAAG